AUGAAACAAAAACACGGAAAGGUUCGAAUACAAAAGGUACACAAAAUGGCAUCGAAUGGAAAAAUUGAAAAAGGCGCCAAAUCCGGACUGACGACAACGCUAGAUGAUGCAAUGAUGUUGACAGGAUUCGGCAUAUACAACAUUGCGCACAUGCUUCUGAGCGGUACAAUUCUGAUGGGCGUGAUUCUCCAGAAUCUCGCUCUGGGCUACGUGAUGCCGGCGGCGCAGUGCGACCUUGAGCUGACCUUGCAGCAAAGGGGCUGGUUAGCUGCCAUACCAUUCUUAGCCGUGAUCCUGACUUCGUACUUCUGGGGCUGGUUGGCGGACACGCGUGGCAGGCGGCCGGUGAUGCUCUACUCGAUGCUGAUCUCCGUCAUCAUGUCCGUCCUGGCCAGUUUCGCGCCAAAUCUCGUGUCGUUCGCCGCGCUCGAGUUUCUGUCCGCCAUCUUUAUGUCCGGCUCGACCGCCGUGGUCUACACUUACCUUGGGGAGUUCAAUAACUUGCGUCACAGGGACAAAAUGGUCGCUUUCGGCUCAUCGUUCGUGGGCAUCGGCACAGUGGUGCUCCCAGGCAUUUCUUGGCUCAUCCUCCCGCACGAGUUCUCCUUUCCGAUCGAGUUCCUCGGGAUCAACUACCGAUCCUGGAGACUGUUGAUAGUGGCCUGCGCCAUGCCGUACUUCAUCAGCGCCAUACUGCUGAUCUUCGCGCCAGAAAGUCCCAAGUUCCUCUACUCCUCGGGCCGUCACGAAGAGUGCCUGAAGAUCCUCAAGAGCAUCUACUCUAUCAAUAAGUGGAUGCCUGCCGAAGAGUUUCCGGUCAAAAGUCUGAUUAUCGAAACGCAGUCGGCGAAGUGCGAGGAGGGAGAGAAAGGGAAGACAGCAUCAAUAAUCGCUUCCAUGCGAGACCAGACAGUACCCCUUUUCCGCCCACCGCUUCUGCCCUGGACCAUUCUCGCUUGCUUCGUGCAAUUCGGAAUAUUCGCCACGACGAACGGGUUCUACGUGUGGUUCCCGAUGAUUCUGAACUCGCUCGCCAACAACGGCGCAACUGACAUGAGGAUCUGCGACAUACUCGACGCGGGCAAAGUCGUCGCGGCCAACGGAACAACGGUCGUCUGCGACGACACGAUGAACACGGCCGCCUUCGAGCGGUCCAUCUACAUCGGGCUGGUGUUCUGCUCCAUGUACCUGGUGGUGGGCGUGGUGGUGGAUCUGGUGGGCAAGAAGGCGAUCCUCGUCUGCGUGCUGGCGGCGACGGGGCUGUGCGGCGUGGGCGCCCACCUGGCGCCCGGCCAGCAGCUGGCCGUCGUGCUGUUCGCGAUAUUCCAGAUGUCGGGCGCCUGCAUCGGCAUAAUGAACGCGGUCGCCGUGGAGCUCUUCCCCACGAGGUUCAGGGCCAUGGCGAUCUGUUUGUCAAUGAUGAUGGGCCGAGUGGGCUCUAUGGUGGGCUCCAAUCUCAUCGGCCUGUUCCUGGAGAUAAACUGCGGAGCAAGCUUCUAUCUCUUCGGAGGGGUCAUUAUACUUUGCGGCGCUUUUUGCCUUGCUCUGCCUAAUCGGAAAAGGCAGAUAUCGACGGAGAAGCAGACUGUUGAACCAGCACAAAACGAUUCCAACGAACCGGCUAAUAGCUUCAAGGGACAUUUCACAGAAAGGAAUAGUUCCCAAGCGAAGAUGGCGAGCGGCGCGUGGGAGGAGUUCUUCGCGGUCCACCUGCCCCCCACGGACUUUGAGGACAACCGUUCCCUCCUCAAGGAGUUCUGCGAGCGCCACGACAAGUACGGGAACAGGAUUGCAUUGGUAACGUCGGGCGGCACGACGGUGCCCCUGGAGCACAACACCGUCCGCUUCGUGGACAACUUCAGCGCCGGCACCCGGGGCUCCGCCUCCGCCGAGUACUUCCUGGAGCACGGCUACGCGGUGAUCUUCAUGCACCGCCAGAAGUCGCUGGAGCCCUACACGAGGCACUUCAGCGGGCAGAAGCUGCUCGACAUGCUCGAGCUGAACGAGCGCGGCCCGAACACCACCAUUACCGUGAAGCCGGACAGCGUGGACGUGCUAGCGCCGGUACUGGCGAGGUACAAGGCUGCCCACGCGGCCGGCGCCCUCCUGCACGUCUCCUUCACGGCGGUCUCCGAGUACUUCUGGCUGCUGCGAGCCGCCUGCGAGUGCCUCGCCCGCCUGGGGCCGAGGGCGCUGCUGUACCUGGCCGCCGCCGUCUCCGACUUCUACGUGCCGAAGGAUCGAGUGCCCACCCACAAGAUGCAGUCCGAGUGCGGACCACCGGUGAUCCAGCUGUACCUGGUGCCGAAGAUGCUGGCGCCCCUCGUGAGCCUGUGGGUGCCCAACGCCUACGUGGUCUCCUUCAAGCUGGAGACGGACGAGAGCCUCCUCAUCCCGAAAGCGAGGGCGGCGCUGGAUAAAUACAAGCAUAAGAUGGUGGUAGCGAACCUCCUGCAAACACGCCACCACAGGGUCAUCCUGGUGACGCCCGAAGCGAGCCAAGAGGUCGUACUAACUAGGGAAGAAGUUCACGCGGGCGUCGACAUAGAGGCGACCAUAGUCGCCGAGAUAGUCCGCCUGCACACGGAGCACCUCGGCGGGCCGAGUGUACGC